AGUUCUCCUCUUGUCCGCAUGUUUCCUGGUCAGUGCGUCUGAUGCUGGACUCUGAGUCACGUCUCUGUGGAUAAUCUCAUCGAGCUGUUCUUCUGAAUACAUCGAUAUGAAGGCGCUAACGGGGCUGCUGCUGUUGGUCUUUGGUCACGGUGUGUCCUCAGUCCUUUACUCUCUGCAUUAUUUCUACACGGCGUCGUCUGGACUCUCAACCUUCCCAGAGUUUGUUGCUGUUGGGAUGCUGGAUGGAGUUCAGAUUGGAUACUAUGACAGCAACAUCCAGGGAAUAGUCCUCACACAGGACUGGAUGGAGCGGUAUAUCAGAGAUGACCCCGAAGUCCUGGAGAGGAGCACUGGAAUAGCUCAGGGUGACCAGCAGGGCUUCAAAGCCAACAUUGGGAUUCUGAAGAAGAACUUUAACCAGACAGGAGGUACCCACUUAUAUCAGAACAUGUUUGGUUGUGAGUGGGAUGAUGAGGAUGAUUCUACUGAUGGUUAUGAGCAGUAUGGUUAUGAUGGAGAGGACUACAUGGCGUUCGACCUGAAGACCCUGACCUGGGUCGCUGCAGUACCUCAGGCUGUCAGCACCAAACAGAGAUGGGAUGAGGAUAAAGCUAGAUUCCAAUACCUGAAGUACUACUACACCAAGGAGUGUGUUGGUGGGCUGAAGAAGGCCCUGGCCUAUGGGAAGAGCACUCUGCAGAGAACAGAGCGUCCACGGGUGUCUCUGCUCCAGAGGAGCCCCUCCUCCCCAGUGGUGUGCCAUGCUACAGGCUUCUACCCUGACAGGGUGGUGGUGUUCUGGAGGAGAGACGGCCAGGAGCUCCAUGAGCAGGUGGACCCCGGGGAGGUCCUCCCCAACCACGACGGGACCUUCCAGGUCAGCGUGGACCUCAACCUCACGGCCGUCCCACAGGAGGACUGGGGGAGGUACGAGUGUGUGGUCCAGCUGAAAGGCAUCGAGGACAUCUCCACCCCCCUGGACCCCGCCCUCAUCAGGACCAACGGGGGUAAGACUGGUGUUGAAGGGGAUGGAGGGGGGGAACACAUGUCUCACCACCUCCACCUGACCUCAUCACAACCACUGCCAGGUGUACCUGGACACUGCUGAAGCUACUGGGUAAAC